ACUUGUUGCCGUCGUGCCUUCAUUCCGAUGACCUUUGACCCCCUGAGCCUCCACCAACCUCUCCCUGCUCAAUCAUCUGAGCUUCUCUUCAUCGUUCCCACACUGCUGCCUCAUCCUCCUCCUCCUCCCAUCCCCUCACACUCAUUCCAAGUCUGUGAAGCACACUGAUGGUGGCUUUAAAGUUGGAGUGGGUGGAGAUCAUCGAGCCGCGCACGCGGGAGCGCAUGUACGCCAACCUGCUGACGGGCGAGUGCGUGUGGGACCCGCCGCAGGGCGUCCGCAUCAAGCGCACCGGCGAGAACCAGUGGUGGGAGCUGUUUGACCCCAACACCUCGCGCUUCUAUUACUACAACGCCUCCACCCAGCGCACGGUGUGGCACCGGCCCCAGGCCUGUGACAUCAUCCCCCUGGCCAAGCUACAGACUCUGAAGCAACAGACGGACGCCACCCUCCCCCGCCCUGCAGGAGGAGGAGGAGGAGGAAGAGCGUCAGCGGACAACAGCCCGGGACGGAACAGUGGAGUCAGCAGAGAGGGAAGCACUUCCUCCUCCCUGGACCAGGAGCUGUCUGAGAAACAGAGCAACAGAGAGGAGACAGACAGGACUUCUCCCUUCAGGUGGAACACUGGUACAAAGGAGCGAAUGUUGAUCAAGGUGACCGACAGAGAGCCCAGCUUCUUGGCCCACCAGGGCAACGGUUACUCCCCCUGUGACCCCCCAACCCCCGGUGCUCCCCCUGGAGGGGGCACCACCUCAAGAACCCGGCGUUCCUCUGGAGGAAACCCGCCCACCGAGCCCGACGGCUCCCCCGUUCUUUAUGCCGACCGCCGUCAGUCUCCCUUCCUCAAACGGGCCGAGCUCGGCGGAACCGGCACCCACCGGCGCUCUUCAGCGGACUCCCAGCCGCCCUCGCCCCGCUACGCCUAUGAACCCCCACUGUAUGAGGAGCCGCCGUCAGAGUACCAGCCCCCUCCCAUCUACGAGGAGCCCCCCACCGACAUGCAGCUCACCGACUCCUCUUCUUUCUACGGCACUGGCAGGUCUCCAGCUCGGAAGUCUUCGGCCCCCCUGUAUCACUCCCCCAAACAGAGCCAAUCGCCCUAUGGCCAGCUGGUUCUGACCAGGCAGAAGUGUCCAGAUAAGACCCAGAGUCUUGAGUACAGUCCUGUGGGCAAAGAGUAUGUGAAACAGCUGGUGUACGUGGAGCAGUCAUCUUCCAGCCCUCGCUUCAAGACUGCCGACCGCCUGCUGCGUUACGGCACCACAGGGGGCUACAGUGGCUCGUACGGGGGGUCCUACACUCUGCAACACAGCCAGUCCCUCAUCAGGGACCCCCGCCUCCUGCUGGACUACAGCGGGGAGGGUGGAGAGGGAGGCCAGAGGUUGCUUUACGAGGACUCCAUAUCCUGGACGUCCAGCCAGACCCACUCCCUCUCCUCCCCGUCUACAGGUGGCCCCGGGGCUUUCUCUCCCGGGGGGAACCGCAAGCGCAAGAGUCGCAAGCCCUCGCUCCCCCAGGAGCUGGCGUACUGCGGGGGUCCGGAGGGCGAGCUGACGGGCACGGCGUCGGAGGCCAUGCUGGCCCAGGCCAGGCUAGCAUGGGAAGCUCAGCAGGUGAUGAAGCAGCGGAGCAGCUGGGACUCGGGCCAGGGCGGCGGGGUGGCGCAGAGCGGCAGCUCCAAGGACGGCUACGAGAGUGACGGCGCGAUGCCUCUGCCAUUACCGGGGCCAGUGGUGAGAGCGUUCAGUGAGGACGAGGCGCUGGCGCAGAGCGACGGUCACCACUGGAAACGCAGCACGUUUGACAGGCUGGGCUUUCCUCAGGCCCUGCUGGAGAAAAGCCUCUCCGUCCAGACCAACCUGGCCUCUCCUGAGCCGUACCUCCACCCGUCACAGUCGGAGGACCUCGGAGCCUGCGCCCAGUUCGAGGCCAGUCGAAAUGCCAGGAACAUGAUGCCGAGCGCCAGCUGUGGCAUCUUCCCCGAAUUCACCCUGAGGAAGCCGUCCUCGGAGACCGACAUCGAGAACUGGGCGUCCAAGCACUUCAACAAACACACACAGGGUCUUUUCAGAAGAAAAGUGUCCAUCGCAAACAUGCUGGCCUGGAGCAGUGAACCCAUCAAGAAGCCAAUGAUCAUGACCUCGGACCGCCUCGUCAAGAAGGAGGCGGUCGACAUCUUCAAGCUCGUCCAGACCUUCAUGGGCGACCGUCGGUCCAAGGUCGACCCCCUCGCUGUGGCUCUGGAGAUUGUGGUGCGUGGGUGGAGUAACCAGGGCCUCCGCGACGAGCUCUACAUCCAGCUUUGUCGUCAGACCACGGAGAACUUUCGCUACGACAGUCUGGAGCGAGGCUGGGAGCUGAUGGCGAUCUGUCUGGCCUUCUUCCCCCCGACGCCGCGCUUCCACGCCUACCUGGAGGGCUACAUCUACCGACACAUGGACCCGCUCAAUGACACCAAGGGAGUGGCCAUUAGCAGCUACGCUAAAUACUGUCACAGGAAACUGACUAAAGCGGCUCUGACCGGCGCCAAGAAGGGCCUGCAGAAACCCUGUCUGGAGGAGAUCAAACACGCCAAGAACGCCAUCUUCAGUCCAUCCAUGUUCGGCUCCUCCCUGGAGGAGGUGAUGGCGCUGCAGAAGGAGAGGUAUCCAGACCAUCAGCUGCCCUGGGUGCAGACACGCCUCUCUGAGGAGGUUCUGGGUCUCAAUGGAGACCAGACUGAAGGCAUCUUCAGGGUACCAGGGGACAUAGAUGAAGUGAAUGCCCUCAAGCUGCAAGUGGAUCAGUGGAAAAUCCCCACAGGACUGGAGGACCCACACAUCCCAGCGUCUCUGCUGAAGCUCUGGUACAGGGAACUGGAGGAGCCGCUGAUCCCUCACGAGUUCUACGAUGAGUGCAUCAGUCACUAUGACAACCCAGAGGCAGCUGUGAACGUGGUGCUGGGUCUGCCACACAUCAACAAACUGGUGCUCUGCUACCUCAUCCGCUUCCUACAGGUAUUUGCUCAGUCUGCCAACGUCACCAUCACAAAGAUGGAUGUGAACAACCUGGCCAUGGUGAUGGCUCCAAACUGUCUGCGCUGCCAGUCCGACGACCCCAGGGUGAUUUUUGAGAACACACGCAAGGAGAUGUCCUUCAUCCGGGUGCUGAUCCAGCGGCUGGACACCAGCUUCAUGGAUGGAAUCCUAUAGCCCCGCCUCCCUGACACACACAAACACACACAUUGACCCCGCCUCCUCUACGCGCCCUUUAACCCCGCCCAUGACAGACGCGUACACACUCGCCCAGCACAGGAACAUCACCUGCCGCUGGGUGAAUACCUCACAUCUCCAACACGUACGCUCUCCCGCUGGAUCCAACAGAACCGACGCGACGUUCUGUCCACUGUACAGUACAUUUAUGAGUUUCCUUUUCUUUUCUACUUCUCUUGGUGUCACCCUCGUAACGGACGUUGACUGACAGUAUUCUGAGUUUGUUCAUAUAGUUACUGUGUGUGCCUUCACAUACACCAACACCAACAGACUGUACACAUGAGAGCGUGAAGGAAUCAGCAGGGAUCUCAUCACGUCACCGCGGCUACGCACUAGCUUCACUCAUUCAUUCUGAGAGUCUGACUCGUGUGUGUUAACUGGUUGUUGUCCCCCUCCCCACCCCCAGUGCUCACACACACACACACACACACACAGUAAAUGUGCACAUGUCUUACACAAGGAUGCGAGAGCAGGAAAUUUGUGUGUCACACUCUGGUGAAAGCCUGAUUUAUACUCUGCUGUGUGAGAGAAAUGUUUCACAUGCUGCGUGGCUCUAUAUUGGAAAUAUAAUCACUAAUAUUUCCAUAAAAACUGAACUAUUGCCCUAAUUUAACAGCUUCAGAGUCAUUGUGAUGGUUAAAUGUCCAUAAUUCAGUUUUUACUCGUAAAAAGUUUGAUGAAAAGUUGUAUUUUUGCUGUCGUUUACAGUGACGGGGCCUGCUAGCUUGUUUACCAGCUUGUUUUGAGGCUUGUAUUUUGUUGCACUCAAGUCAGUGAAAAUUGCUUCAUGGCACUAAACACACACAAGAUGAAGGAAGUGAUAGUGUUAUUUUUAGAGCGCCCCCUCCAAAACUGUAGGGAGCGCUCCGGAGAGAAAAAGGUGAAAAAAGUUCCACUCUAAGUUUACGACAAACUGACUGGAAGUUAAGGAGCUGGCUCAUACUUAGCGGAAGUUGCUGUAGUCAACUUCUUUAUCUAUGACGCCCUUGUGUUGGUAGUUCCCGUCUCUGUGAUGACGUUUCACCUCAAACUGAUAAACCAAAACAACACUUCUCCUCCCUGUCGCUGAGUGUAAGGGACACCAAGUGUAAGGGACCAAGCAGCCCAAGUAAAAGGAAGUAGGCCUUUGAAAGAGGUCAAAAAAACACAACUAUAACUCACAAGAUAACAACUUCUUCUUCUUCUUCCUUGAGUUUAAUGACAGCCAGUGAUUAUUUGAACAACAGAGUAUAAAUCAGGCUCAAGCAUUCAGGGACCAGGUUUACUGAAUCCUCUUGUCACUACUUCGGGGUUUUGGUUGUGUCUCAGACACUAGACUGAGAAGUGACGAGACGCUGUGUACGAGCUGAAGACGAAACUGAAGGUGCAAGGGUCAGAGCUCUGUCGGCCUUUCAGUCGCCGUGAUGUGACGAGAACAUGGACACUGAAUCACAGCGGGUAGAGGUUCGACUUCUAUACGUUCAUACGCGCGCUCAUUUAACUCAUUUCGCUUUAGCGAUUGACGGUGUAAGGACCACGGUCUCUCUGCAGCGCUCAAAAAAAGACGAGAUUGAGUUUCGAACCAAAACCCUCACCAAAUAAAACCACUCUGCUUGAGUCUGCGAUAUCUUAAGAACAAGUUUGCCACCUUAUCUUGCCUUUUUUACAUCCGUUUCCAACUGGAAACUGACGUCUGUGUCUAUUUCUAAAUCGCUCAUUCCUCCCCCUGCACCAAAGUCCAUAGAGAAAACCAGCAAUUUUAACACCACAGCACA